AUGAACUGCUACACGGCGGAUGCAAGUGGAGCAGCGGCAUGGCUGUGGACAAUGACCUUUUCCUGCCACGGCAUUCCAUGCAACUCGCCAUCCAUCCUCAUCGUUGAUCCAGCCGCAAGCGCGGUGGACGCAACAAUCCUUGAAUUCCACCACCGUGGCGGCCUCCAUGUGUCCAUGUCACUCUUCUUCAUGGUGACAUUCAUUCACACCGGAGCAGCGACGCGUUCCGCCCGCACAAACAGGAAAUACCUCGUCACCUUCAGGUGGGCACUACCACGUCUGCUCGUUCUUGAUGCCAUGUGCAACCACCUCCCCAAGCUGCACAAUGGCAGGGACAUUGUGUUGGUGUGCGCGUGCCGGUGGUUAGGCGAAGAGCGCAUGGGCCGUGAGGGGAAGAGGAAGAGUUCAAACACGGAGCUGGCGCUGGAGACCAAGUUUGGGCUCAUCAUAAUGGCUGCGGGUGCCAUCCCCGUCAUUGUCGUCGAUCACUACGUGCCGCCCUACCAGGACCUUCUGGACUGGGAGACGUUCAGCAUUUGCAUUCCCGAGCACAGGCUCCUCGAGCUUCCGAGGGUCCUGCGGUCGAUCCCUGAUGAGGUGGUGGAGAUGAUGCGGAAACGCGUUGUGUUUGUGUUUGAGGAGUUCUUCUACACUGGAGUCUGCCAGGAUCAACCUGUUCAGUGGCGACAACGCCUGGCAGGGGGAAGAUGCAAGUGGAAGGGCUGGCGUCCGACACGCCCAAUGACACGCCACACGAUGUGAUGCAGGAGUCUGUAUGGUGCAACACCCCUCGCCCACCGACGAAAGACGGCCAAGGACAAUGCCCCCAUGUGAUGUGUUUGCGUGUGAUGAUGAGGAUGAGGAGGAUGAGGAGAGGACGAAGAUGUCUUAACAGCGUAACCAAGAUCAGCUCUGUCACUAGUUCAUUAGUUCAGCCCACCUGUGUGUGAUUCCUCUGCGUCAGUACAUGGAAGUAAACGC